CAUAGGAAAUUAUUCGUCAGUAUCAAGUGAGAUGUGCAUCGAGCAAGAAGUUAUCGAAGAAUAGAUCAAAGUGAUUUCAAUCUACCUCGAGCGACGAACCUUAUUCAAGGAACGGGGUUACACGAGUGAAGAAAAAAAACCAGCAGAAGAUAAACGAAAGUGAAGAAAAGACCGAUCUAGUUCAGCAGCCAGUGUGUUCAACGAUUUACAUAACAGAGACACACAAAUAAACAAUUAUUGUGAAACACGGCGAAUCUCAAGUGCUUCGUUAACGAAAAGGCACAACAAACAUGAAUCUCAUAACGACCGCCUUGCUGGCGGUAGCGCUUCUGACGGUGGUCACCAAAGCCGAUGAGUGGAACUGGUUGAAUAAUGGCGAAUCGCUGAUGGAAGAUUUGGUCCGGGAGAAGCGACAGGGCGCGAAUGUUACCGACGUUGCCGAUGAAGAUAUUCUGAACUUCAUUCUGGACAGUGGCCGGCAGGGACGAAGUCUGGAAGGAUUCGAUGAGGUCUACAGCGACCCCUCGGUUCAGGAAGCGCUGCAGAAAAGCGAUGACACCGAAGCUAGGAAUAUCAUCAAGGAGAAGCUGUGCGCUCUCGGGUUGAUGCAAUGCGAUGGAGAGCUGAUCGACGGUAGACGGCCUUAUCUGAAUCCACAGAAUUUAAUCUAUGCUCAACCCGUUGCGUUGAAGCCCGUUGGCCGUCCGAUUGCUACAAUUCCGGUGAGGGGACCUCCUGGACCACCAGCUCCCGGUCCUCAGUACCAACCUCAAUCACAGAAGCCUCAUCAGGGACCUUACGGACCUCCUCAACCGAUGCCACUUCCACGACCUCAACAGAAGGUUGGAUUCGCCUCUCAGCAAGUCCCCUUCAACGGUCCAAACUCGUUCAAUGGGCCAUCGUAUAGUGGACCAUCUUACAAUGGACCAUCAUAUAGUGGACCCGGACCUUUCCCAUCGUACGCCUCCAAACCACCAGGUCCAAUCUACGAGGGACCCGAAAUUCCCUACGAGUUUGAAACACCCAACAAACCUGGCGUCAUCAUCUCGGAAGGACUUCCCAUUGCUGGUAAACCUGCCGUGGAACAACACAUUCAUCACCAUUACCACCACAUUGAAGGAGGAACUGCCGACAAGACCGUUGCUGUGAAGUCGCCGGACAUAAUCACUGGAUCUGCUGUUGGUGGUAGUUCAAGCAGCAACCUGUACUCCUCAAGCUCUAAUAACAAUCUGUUCAGCUCAACUUAUGGAUCAUCUAACGGCGGAUUCAGCCCCUCGGGUGGUAAGGACUUUGACUAUCAAGAUCUCCGAGGAUCCAACAGCCAAGGUUUCGCUCAGCAAUACGCUAGCUAUGCCUCACAAACCAAACCGGUUGGUAGCAGCAUCUACAACCAAGGACCUUCGACAUUCGGUAGCUCCGACAACACAAUCUACGGAACCAGCAGCAAUAGCAACAACAAUGGCUUCAACGGCUUAAGCGGAAGCUACCAGCAGUCUAGUCACGCGUCCAACCCGAACUUGUAUAAAAAAGAACUCAACGUUAACGGAGCAGCUGGCUUAAACAGCUUCGGUGCAGACUACAGCAAAUACAGCCAACAGUACAACGGACAGUACAGCAACAACCAGUUCAAUCAGCAACAAUUCGGCUCCAGCGGCCAAAGCCAGUACGCCGGCAAUAACCAAUACGGAUCCAGUGGUCAGUUCGGAGGAGCUGCCAAUAACCGUUUCGAAGAUUGUAUCUGUGUGCCAUACGAACAGUGUCCUGCACAGGAUGUCGUGGGACGUCGUGAUGAUUUGAUACUGCCGCUGGACCCGCGUAACCUCAAAACCGAUAUCGAAGCCGAAAUCGAGAAGGUUGUCAUUACCGAUGGAAACGGAACGAUGACCAUUGUCCAUGUGCCGAAGAACGCAACCGUUGCACAAGCUCGCUCGGCAAACGUUACCGAAACUGCCGAAAAGAAGGUGACCAAACGGGACACCACUGCUUCGAAGAAAUCCGAUGAUGACAAAGCCACUGGUGAAGCGCGUUUAUUGGGAGGUGGUCACCAUGGUGAAGGAGGAGGAGGAGGUGGAAAGAAAGUUGUUCCUACCUUUGGAGUGUCCUUCGGUCUUCCCGUGCCUUCGUAUCCCCCGAAUCCUUUCGGUCCCCAUCCCGGUGUAAAUCCCUACUUUGGUUCUAUCGGCUACAACGGUCUUAACCUGGGGCUUGUUAAUGUCAACCCGCUGUUCUCAUUCCAAGUCACCAAGGAUGAGUACGGCGAUAAGGUGGUCAAACCAUUGGUUAAUCUGCAUGUUACUCCUACCGAAAAUAUUGUCCAUAAAGUAGGAAGCCUUCUUGCUCACAAGAAACAAAACAUCCUGCAUGUGUUUAAUCAGCAUGACCAUGUUCACAAUCACUACGGUUAUCCCCCACCACCUCCAAUCUACCGGCCUCCUCAUGGACCACCCCCGUUCGUAAACGGCCCACCGCAUUCCUUCGGUCCUCCACAUUCAUUCGGUCCUACAGGACCUAACCUAAUCUUCACAAAACCUCCUGGUCCAGUGUAUUCGGGACCUCCUGGACCAAUUUACAACCGACCACCGGGUCCUCCUUUCAUCCCCAACGGUCCACCACCUCCCUACUACGGUCCAGGUCCUCGACCACCUUUCUACCGUGACGCCUCUCCCGGUUCCGACGUUGAGCUCGACUACGAUCCAACCGAGGUCGGAAGAACGGCUAACGUCAGCCUUCAACAGCAAGCCGCCUUUGGCACACCCUUCAACUACCAGUCCAUCUAUCCCCAAAACCAACCGGGCCAGCUAAACGAUAACCGAAUUGACUACGCUAGACAGUAUCAAAACUAUCAGCACGGCAAUAACGCUAGACUUCCGCCCACUCAGACCAUUCCGACACCCGCGCCGGGACAUUCCGAAGGUAGCAACAUCGUUAGUUUCCCACGCAGUCGUCGCUCGACCGACGUCUCCGUACCGGAUUCGCUAGAACCCCAAGAAACGUUAGCCAUUGUUGAGGGCAACCGAGGUCCCGCAGAGCAGGUUGAGGUACAAGAAAAAUCUAUUACAGCUGAAAAGCGUCAAGCAUACUACGGUGCCAGACCCCAG